CUUGAGCCUAAUUUCAAGAUGGAGGCUGCACUGGAAUCUUUGAAAAACAUUGCAGAUUCCGGUAGAGUCGAACCGGCGUUAAAGUUGAUAAAAGUGUACUUCGAUAAUAUAACUAAAGAACCAGAUAAUCCUAAAUAUCGAAAAAUACGUGUUGAAAAUGCGAAAUUCAAUGCAACUAUCUGGCAGCUUGAAGAGGCAAGGACCUUUUUGCUACUUGCAGGAUUUGAGCAGAAUGGAGAAUUUCUUACGUUGCCAGACAGCGUCAAUAUAGAUACAGCCAGGCUUAUGAUUGAAAGCUGCAUYGGAYCUACUCAAAGUGUACCAUAUMAACAAAGUGAAGGAUGUAGURGUGCUAGUAGUCUACCAUUACCAGRAGCUGGACCAAACAAAGCAACAUUGAAACUUACACCAAACAAGGGAAGUAGCUAUUUUGAUCAAGACGUCAAGGCAAACCUYACUCUUUUAUCAUACAUGGUUGAAAUGGGAUUUGAUAAAAGUUCGGCUGAGCAAGCUUUAAUUKCUACUAAAAAUGUUGGAAUUCAGCCAGCUAUGGAUUGGCUUUCAAGCAAUUCCCAUUUAAUACAUCACAAGGGAGCGGCAAGUACAUGUACUGCUGUUAGUCCUGACAAUGUUUCAUCAUCAAUCAUGGGUCUCAGUACAUCUGAUACCAAACCAGCCCCAACUUCACGUUAUCAAAAGACUGCUGAUGAAAGACACAAAUUUCAGGAGAAACUCAGACUAGAGGCCAUAGAAGCCGCAAGGGUUGAAAAGAUAGCAAAACAACAGCACAAAGAAAAUCUAUUGAAGGAAAUGCAUUCUGACAAAGAAGAAAAGAGAGUUAAGUAUGAAAUGGCUAAAAAGCCCAAAACAUCAGCAGAGACGUCAGAAGGUCUUUCCUCAACCAGCUCUUGUGAAGUAAGAGAACCUGGUGAAACGGUUGGCUCUCCAUCACAAGAACAGAAAACUCAACUGAAAAUAAGACUGCCAGAUGGAAAGAUAACAGAACUUUAUCUCUCAAGUGAUGAACUUAUCAAGGAAAUAUAUCGACAUGUGACAAGGACAGCUGAUAUGAAYGAAAAUGAUUUUGUUAUCAUGACAAUGUAUCCUCAAACUGAAUUGARUGACAUGACACUGASUGUGGAAAUGGCUGGUCUGACCCCUCGAGCAAAUVUUGUUGUUCUACGGCAAGAUCAACAAGGAGUUGUUACAGAAGGUCAYGGUAAAGUUUGCACUGUUAAAACCAUCACAAGUAUGGAUGACUGGCAAUCCUUCUACAACACCAAAGACAAGCUACUAGUUGUUGAAUUCUUCACUUCUUGGUGUGCCAAAUGCAGRAGUAUUGCUGACAAAUUUGAGUCUCUGAAUGCUGAAURUGGCAUCAACCAAGCUGUUCUAUUUGCACGGGUUGACAUUGACCAGCUCAAAGUGUUGAAAUACCACAUGCAUAUAUCAACACUUCCCACAUUCAAACUUUACUGGAAUGAACAUGAAAUUGCUACACUAGAGGGUGUGAACAUGRAUGAGCUUGAAGAAUUAAUCAAGAAAAACUGUCAAGGACCUGAUGAAACACAAUUAACUGAUCAAGAUCCAAGAUAGCUUCAUAUUCAUGGCUUUUAAUAACUUUUGUGCUACUGUUUCUUAUAUACAAGAGUAYAAAAAAACUUAAAUUUUUCAUUGAAUUGCUGUAUUAAUUAUGACAAUUUGAUAAGAUGAAUCCACAUUGUUUGAAAUUUUCCAAAAAUGUUCCUCUAAGCAAUAUAGAGCAAACCUGCUAUUACCACCAUGUUUGGUGAAUGAGCCAAAGGCAGUACUUUUGAGAAAUGUUAUCUCAUGUUGGUUGGACUGAUAUUAAGUCAGUAACUCAAAAAUAUAUUAUUAAAUUUUGAUAUGCCUUAUCAAUACUGUUAUAGUUCUUGUGACAAUCAUGUUCCUCCAAAAAUAAAUUCUAAAGCAGCAUGCACGUUACCACCAGUGGCUCUUAAAGCUCGCAAGCUGACCUCAUCAUCUGUAAUUCCCAUGUCUYGCAACUGUUGCAGUUGAGUCUAAAGAAAAUAGAAAUGCUGUUUUAUWUACCAGAUAGAUAUUACAAACCAAUGUUAAGUUGAAGAGCAAAGAUAUGAAACAAACUAUAAAAGAAUAAUCUAUGUGCAUUUCAUAGUAUAAACCUGUAAA